UCAUUAAAAUAAAUACUAAAAUCAUCAGCUUCAUCAUCAUAAAAAAAACUACAAUUUUUUUUUUGUACGUGUCAUGUAUUAUUAGUGACUUUUCCUAUGUUUUUAUGUGCGAUCCAAUGAAUGUGGAUUCAGAAUUGAAAGAAGAAAAAAAAAAAAAAAAUGGCAUCAACAACAAAUGUGCAGAAAGAAAUUGAUUUACUUACAAAUGAAUGGAAAACAUUACGAUUACCGCAUAAAUUGAAACAAUAUCGUCAAUAUGAAAAAUGUUUAGAAAGAUUGAAAUUAAUGGCAUCAUCAUCAUCAUCAUCGGCGGAAUCAAAAGAAUCAUUGAUUGAACAAAUCAAUCAACUUUAUAUUAAACUUGACAAAUCAGUCAUCUGUGGUGUUGAUCAAUGUUUUAUUUGUGGCAAUUGUAAUGAUGGUGGAAAUUGUUCAUUAACAACGACAACAACAAAAUCAACCAUUUAUCAAAAGGUGACGAUGGAUAAACAACAUGAAAAACAAUUGGAUCAUCAAAUCAAUGAUCACAAUAAUAACAGUGUUAUUAUUUCCGAUGAUCAUGACGUUGAUCAAUUGAAUGAUAGUAAUCGAUUAUUACAAACAACACGUGCAAGACUUCGAAGUACAUCACCGCCAAUAAUGGCAACAAAUAAAAAAAUCCAAAUGCCAAUGUGAUUGAAUCGAAAAAAUCAACAUUAAUCAAUCAGAUUGGAAUAUCCGAUUGUGAUAGACAGAAUGUUGAUGAUGUUGUGGAUAACAAGAAAUGUAAUGGAAUUGAUUCCAAACAAAAUUCCAACAACAGUAAUGGUGAUCAAAUCAAUGAUAAUGAAUCAUCAAUAAAAAUAUUAGAUGAAGAAUUGCCCGAUGAUUCAUCGCCAUCUGUUGGUCGUGAUUGUCAAUUGUCGAAAAAUUUAAACAUUGAAUCAUCAUCGUCAUCAUCAACAUUGUCAUUGAUGAUGCCAAGACCAUUUCAGAAAUUAUCACCAUCAUCAUCAAAUGAUAGCUAUAAUGGCAGUAGUAGUGGAUCAACAACGACAACAAUCAAUCAUUUCCGGUCGUUCACCACCAAUUAUAAGUAGCUAUAAAGCAUAUAAAGAUUUUAUCAAUAACUAUACUACUACAACUACAACUACUACAACAGCCAAAUAACCAAAAAAAAAAAAAAAACCACAUGGCAACUAUAAGUUGAAAAACAAAAAUUUUUUUUUCGAAAA